AGCAGCUCAAAAGCAAGAAUAAAGGUGAAGAGAAUCUUCUAGAAUUGUGUUCCAACCAGCGUGUUGAGAUGGAAAGGUGUGAAAGCAAAGAGCUUGAUGUUGAAAUAAGGAAUCUGAUAGAGAGGACUAACACUUCCCAGUUGUGCGAGAACCCUGGACCUGUUACCCAAGAGUGUUCGAACAAUCAGGGAACUUCAUGUUCCCUUAAGCUUGGAGAAAGAAUGCUGACAGUGUUCUUUUUUUUUUUUUUUUUUUUUUUUCUCCUUCAGUCAAAGCACGUAUUAUUGACCAAAAAGAAGACUACAACAGCUGAUUCUGUGGAACAACAGAUCCUCUCACUGGAAAGACAGAGACGAGAGCUUCUGGAUGUGAACAAGCAAUGGGAUCAUCAAUUUAGAAGUAUGAAGCAGCACUAUGAAAAAAAGCUGGUAGAAAUGAAAGCCAAACUUGACAUGUCACAGAGGAGAGUCAGCAAGCUGGAGGAAGAGAUGCAUCAAAAUCGUCCAGAAAAUGAGAGUUGGCAGUUCCUGGACAGAGACAGGCCGUUGCAGGAAACGAAAGAAAUAAAGAUCCUCACUGGUGCCCUCCAUGAAAUGAAGGAAGAGAACAAGCUCCUGAAAGAAAAAAAUGCCUUGAUGAUAAAGAACAAAGAACACUAUGAAUGUGAAAUAAGUCGUCUCAAUAAGGCCCUUCUGGAUAUGUUGAAAAAACAGCACUCCUCUGCUCUUGAGACUCUCUCAGCAAAGUUUGAUAAGAACAACCUUGAGGAUAUGCGAACCCAACUUGAAGUUCUCAGACAGCAGGUACAAAUAUAUGAAGAAGACUUCAGGAAGGAAAGAUCUGACAGAGAGAGACUUAAUGAGGAGAAAGAAGCACUGGAGAAGAUGAACAAGGGUUUACAGUCUCAACUGAAUAAGCUAAAUUCUCAGAUCAAGGCCUGUCUCAAAGAAAAGGAACAACUAGAAAGGCAGUUACAACAGCAGACAAAAGCCCUCCCACCAGACUAUCAGUGGUAUGUUCCUGACCAGUUUCCGCCAGAUGUGCAGCACAAGGCAAAUGGUACAUCCUCAGAGAAAGGAGCCCAUCCCUGAUGGCUUAUGACCUGCAGAAGCAUAGACCAAAGACUGCAAACUAGUCUUGCAACUUUGUUAUUCUGUGUUGUUGUGAUUUGUUAUUGCCCCUAGCUUC